AUGAGGUUAGAAGCCACCUCAAGUUCUGACCCAGUCGAACCAGUGGCAGCAAACGAUAGCAGCAAGUCAGGUCAGCCCGACUACGCGAAUGAAAAAAUCUUUCAAAGAAACAGACUUCGGGCCAGAGCAUAUCAUAUUCCAGAGACGUCUAUAUCAUUGAAUGGACUGUGGGAUUUCCACUAUGCCGCAACUCCCGAUCUCGCUCCUUCUUGGAACGAGAUAAGAGGCAACCCCGAAGACGGCCAUGACUCGUGGCAGCCCAUAACAGUUCCAGGCCAUUGGCAAUUGCAAGGCUAUGGCAGACCACAGUAUACCAAUGUCGUUUAUCCUUUUCCUGUUUGUCCUCCACAUGUACCGACCGACAAUCCGACUGGAAGUUAUGCCAGAAAAUUCUCCGUUCCGAAAAACUGGAGUUCCGAGAGCCAAAUACGCCUACGCUUUGAUGGAGUGGACAGCGCCUUUCAUCUCUGGGUUAAUGGCGUCGAAGUGGGUUACUCUCAAGGUAGUCGGAACCCAUCAGAGUUCGACAUUUCCCCUGUCGUGAACCGCACAGGAGAAAAUCAAGUUCUUGUCCGCGUUUAUCAAUGGUGCGAUGGUUCGUACAUCGAAGAUCAGGAUCAAUGGUGGCUGUCCGGGAUCUUUCGUGAUGUUCACCUUUUGGCAUUCCCAGAGAAGGCGCGCAUCGAUGACUUUUCCCUCCAGGCCGACCUGGACAGCGCAUAUACGGAUGGAAUCCUGCGUGUGCACCUUGACCUGGCUCUCCAGGAAGACUGUGCAGUCGAAAUCACUCUUCGGUCUCCCGAUCGAAGUUCCAUCCUCAUCGCCGAUCGAUCGCAGGUUGCCGUCCACGAAUCUAGCUUGAAGAAGGAAUUUGUUAUCAAGGAACCCUCCCCAUGGACGGCAGAAACACCAGUUCUUUACCAAGUCGAACUAUGUCUUUUUUCUAGGGGAGUUUGCACUCAACGGAUCCGGCAUCAGAUUGGAUUUCGAAAGGUGGAAAUCAAGAACGGUCUCUUGACUGUCAAUGGAAUACGCCUUCUCUUUCGCGGCGUCAACCGUCACGAUCACCAUCCGCGUUUCGGCCGUGCGGUCCCGGUAGAACAUCUUCGACAUGAUUUGUUGCUCAUGAAACGCCACAACAUCAACGCUGUUCGUUGCUCACACUACCCAUCCAAUCCCGCGCUGUACGAAAUUUGCGACCAAAUAGGGUUAUGGGUUCUGGACGAAGCGGAUCUUGAAUGCCACGGCUUCUAUGAUGCUGUGGCCAGGCCAUUAAACAUACCUGAGGAAAUGGACUAUGAACAACGAAAGGUGCUUACCUUUGCCAAAGCAGCUGCAUUUACAUCGGACAACCGGAGCUGGGAAGCGGCAUAUCUCGAUAGGAUGGUACAAUUGGUGCAGCGAGACAAGAAUUUCACGUCGGUCAUCGUCUGGUCUCUGGGGAACGAGGCUUUCUAUGGCUGUAAUCACAAAGCCAUGUACGACUACUCCAAGAUGGCCGACCCGUCACGGCCUGUGCACUAUGAAGGCGACAUGGCGGCUCUCUCCGCAGACAUGUACUCCUACAUGUAUCCAUCUGUCAGGAAGUUGAUUUCCCUAGCCGAGAACGAAGGGGUAGCACCUGAUGGUUCAUUCGACAAGCCGAUUAUUCUUUGCGAGUACGGACACGCCAUGGGUAACGGACCAGGGCUUCUGGAAGAUUAUCAAGCGGCCUUCCGUGACCAUGAAAGAUUACAAGGGGGAUUCGUCUGGGAAUGGGCCAAUCAUGGCCUCUUGAAGCCCUCGGCUGAGGAUAAUGGAAAGUCGAUAUAUGCAUACGGAGGGGAUUUUGGUGAUCAACCCAACGACGGCACGUUCGUCAUGGAUGGUCUUUGCAACAGCGAUCAUACACCGACCCCGGGAUUGGCCGAGCUCAAGAAGGUAUUUGCCCCAAUCAGGGCGUGGGUCGAUGACAGUGGCGACGCAAUUGUCAUCGAAAACGGGUUUCACUUCAAGGGCCUGGACGACUAUAUAGCCCGUUUUGAGGUGGAGGCGUUUCAGGAGAGUCCCGAGUUGCUCGCCGCAGGGGAGCUUGAAAUGGGUAACAUCAAGCCUGGUCACAUAGGCACCAUUGCUCUGCCCCAGACCGCGCUUCAAUAUCGAUCUUAUGCCAGGUCCCAAUGCUGGAUUAUAGUGACCUUUACUCUAAAAAAUAGUUGUGCUUGGGCAGACGUGGGCCACGAGGUGGCCUGGUUCCAACAUCAAUUGAAUGAGAAAACAUCGCUCCCAUUCCUCCGAAACCUCGACUUCAAUCAGGUCGGCACGUCCCGGUUGACCAUGAGCACUUGUCGUCAAAGUCUUACGGUCCAUGGCGAAGACUUCUCCAUCACAUUCGACCAAAGCUACGGGCACAUCUCGUCAUGGGUUUCCAAGGGAGUCGAGCUUUUACACCACCCUCAGAGGUCUUCCCUCGAGUCGCCUUUCCAGCUUGGCUUUUGGCGCCCACCGACUGACAACGAUGCUGCCUGGCAAACCGGGACGUGGAAACACUGGGGCCUGCAUCGUCUGACCACGCAGAAGCGGAGUCUCGACAUCCAUCGUGCGAGCAAUGGUGACAUGCAGCUGAAGGCGGUGACGUACACCAGCCCACCCAUGCUGGCCUGGGGUUUCCACGUUGAGACGAUAUACAGCGUUUCGGGCCAUGACGGGGCCGUCUCGAUUAAGACGCACAUCAAACCUAAAGGGCCUUCUCCCAAGAAUCUUCCCCGGGUGGGGUGGGACAUACAACUCUCAAAGAAGGCAGGCUUCGACCACGCCAUCUGGUUUGGUCUUGGACCUGGCGAAUCCUACCGCGACAAGAAAUCCGCGCAGAAAGUCGGCAUCUACUGCGCCUCCCUCGACGACCUCCAUACGCCCUACGAGGUUCCCCAGGAGAACGGAAACCGCAUGGACACGCGGUGGGUCAAGAUUCUCGACCAGCGAGCUCAUGGCGUCAGAGCUACAAUGAGGACGGGUGUCGAUGCUACUGCCAGGAAAAGCUCGGCCGGUUCCCUCUUCCACUUCGCUGUGUCAAGGUACUCGGCGGCGGAGCUGGAGCGGGCACGGCAUGCGCCUGAAUUAGUCGAAGGGGAUGCAGUUUAUUUGCGUUUGGAUGCCGAUGUGUCUGGUGUGGGCACCGCGGCGUGUGGGCCGGGCAUCAAGGAUGAGGAUCUCGUGAAAUGUGAGGACUACGAGUUUGAGCUCUUGCUGGAGCCGGUUUCUACGUAG